AUGGAUUCAACAGUCCAGACACCCGACCCGGUCGAUCCCCAGACCCAGAAGGCUGAUCCAGAACCGAUUGAAAUGAAAGUGAGGCUGAGCAGGAACCGGUCAGUGUCUGCAUCAAGGCAAGCAGCUCCCUCAAAGACUGCUAUGUCAAUGAGAAGAUCUUCGUCUGUCUCUGAGCGCUACUGUAGAAUCUAUGACCAGAGCUCUGCCGCGUGGCCUCUUCCUUUCCAAGAAGAUGAAGACGAAGCAGAUGGUAAAGAGAAGGUGCAGAAGCAAAAGAAGAGCAGCAACAUCAAGAAAAAGGCAUUUCUUAAGGCUUGUAAGCGUUUUUUUGGGAUCUCUUGA